GCAGAAGGACGCCCUCGGCCGCUGGGGAGCAUGCGCUGUAAGGAGAAGGAAGGAAGAGGCUGAGUUCCUCUUCCAAGUGAUAGGCGCACCAUGGAGGCGGCGCUGCAAGUGACGGCGCGAUACUGUCGCAGAGAAAUGGAGGAGUACGGCCAGUGUGUGGCCGCCAACCCUUCCUCCUGGCAGCAAGAUUGUCACCAGCUCAAACUCGACAUGGCCAAGUGCUCAUCUUCCCACCCAAUUAUUCAGAAGAUUCGCAACGACUGCAUGGAACCAUUCGCUGCAUUUGAACAGUGCCUUAAAGAAAACCAGACCUCUGUGAUGAACUGCACCGAGCACGUUCAGCGGUUCCUGCAUUGUGCUGACCAAGUGAAGCUAGCCACAUGAGUGCGAAACAGUGCUCUCCCUCGGUGACCGCUGUAUUGUG